UGUUGGAACUCCGCGGAGCCUGCGGAGGAGUUUGCAUCGCCUGUGCGGGGAAGUUUCAGGCGCUCCUUACCGGUCUUUGGCUGUGAUGAGGAAGUUCAGACACACACGAUUACAGAGAUAAUUUAGCACGAUAAAGAGAAACGGAGACUCAUGAAAAACCUGACGGAGGAAAAGUGGAGCUGAGAUAGAAACACGCCUUCUCCAGGUGGACACCUUGAAGAAGACGCCCCUGUUUUUCUGCUGCACAGUUUGUAGCUGAAAAAUCACACGUGGAAUCACAAUGCUUCGAUCAAGGACUGUUCGACCGGAUGACCCUGGAGGUCUCAGUUUGCAUCCUCUCAUACCUGUAUCAGCUACAUCAGAUUUGGCAUCAAGACAAGCAGGGUUUUCUGCAGAUGUCCAGCAGAUGUUGCCAGUUAAAGAAGAGGUUCCCUGGAGCCCCAGUCUGGACCAGCAGGACACAGACCAGGUUCAGAUAAAAGAAGAACAAGAGGAACUCUGGAGCAGUCAGGAGGGAGAGCACCUUAAUGGACUUGGUGCUGUUCCUUUCAAGAGUGAAGAUGAAGAAGAAAAACCUGAGUUCUCACUGCUUUAUCAUAGACCAAGUGAAAACAGCAGAGAAGCAGCACCUCCAACCAGCUGCUUGGAUAAACGGAUAAAAGCAGAAACUGAAGGAGAGGACUUUGGAGGGCUAGAACCAGCCACUGAUUCAUAUCUGAACAGUCAUUUAGAACCAAAUAUUGAAGAAGAGGCUUCAGACUAUUUUGAGAAUGAAGUCAGUAUUGAUGAUGAUGACAAUGAUGAUGAUUGGCAAGAGCCUUUGUCAGAGCCUUUGUCUGGGCCUGAAAGUGAAAGUAGUGACAGUGAUUGGAAGGAGAGCACGACACACGACUCUGGUGUAAAUAGUAAUAGUGUGGGAUGCAAGUCUGCUAAAAAAUCCUUUAACUGCUCUGAGUGUGGUAAAUGCUUUCAGUACAAACGGUGUCUUCAGAGACAUGCAACACGUCAUUCUGGAAAAAGGUCUUCCAGCUGUUUGGUUGAUAAAGUGAAGGCAAAUCUAGAGUCACAGACAAAAGUCCACAGUGGAGAGAAACCAUUUGGCUGCAAUGUUUGCGGACAAAGAUUCAAUCAAAAAGCAAAUCUUAAGACUCACAUGAGAGUUCACACAGGAGAGAAACCGUUUAGUUGUAACAUUUGUGAUACAAGAUUCAGACAGCAGUAUAGUCUUGAUAGACACAUGAGAAUCCACACAGGUGAGAAACCGUUUAGUUGUGGCGUUUGUAAUAAAAGAUUUUUACAACUGGGAGAUCUGAAGAGACACCGGAGUGUCCACACAGGAGAGAAACCUUUUGAUUGUAGUGUUUGUGGUAAAAGAUUUACUCAGAGGAUACAUUUCAAGACACACAUGAGUGUCCAUACAGGUGAGAGGCCAUUUGGUUGUGAUGUUUGUGGUAAAAAAUUUAACCGAGAGGGAAAUCUCAAGACGCACAAACGAAUCCACACAGGAGAGAAACCAUUUAGCUGUGAAUUUUGUAGUAAAAAGUUUUCACAGCCAGGGGUUCUGAAGAGACACAGGAGCAUCCACACAGGAUUGAGUCCAUUUGUUUGUGAUCUUUGUGGUAAAAGGUUUAAUUAUAACAAAAAUCUUAGCAGGCAUAUGAUAAUUCACACAGGUGACAAACCAUUUGGUUGUGAUGUUUGUAAUAAAAGAUUUUUACAAUUAGGUGAUCUAAAGAGACACAUGAGAGUCCACAUGGGAGAAUAACUGUUUUAGUCUUGUAGGGUUUAUGGAAAAAGAUUUAUCCAAAGACAGAAAUGUGAAGAGAUAAAAGAUAUGUUAGUGUAUCACUUGAUGGAACAUUAUUGAAGAGUCUAGGUAUGCUAAACUGAUAAUGUCUGGCCCUCUGAUCAUUGUAAAUGGUAAUAGAGCUGUCACAAAGACACAAGAGCUGCUCCGCGCUCCAUCACCUUCCUGUUUUCCUUGCAACAUAAAAAGCACAAUUACACAGUGCAGGGAGUGAUGUUCACUACCAGGAGUCAUUUAAAAUUCAAUCUUUCAUUCAUUCUAAAGGAGCAAAUUCAUGGGCUUCCUGCAACAGCGUGAGUGAAAUUACUGUAAUAACCACAUGUUGGCUGUGAGGUGUCAUUGAUGGGCCAAAAAGAGAUCGUCUGCCAUUAAGGGAUUUCUGAUGGUUUUUUUGUGCUUUUUUUGUUUAAUGUCUUUGCUUAUAUUGAUAAAAAAGAGUGCAGUCAACAGGAUUUAUGAAUAACUUCUACAUACAAUGAAGAAAUUACCUGUUUUGCAUUUUAUGACUGAGUGUUAUUGUACCUACAUUAUAACCAAUCCAGCCCUUUUUGGCCACUUAAAUUAUCUUUAUAGAACUUUUGUUGUGCCCUCUUGGCCAGAUUUCUCUUUAAAAAGACAUUUUUAAUGUCAAUGACAGUUUUUAC